UCAUGGCUUUCUCCGUUUUCUAUCUCCUCUUUUCCGCUCUCUUCCUCCUCCCCUUCUCCGCCGCCACGCUCCACUCCACCACCGCCCUCUUCCGGCCACAAUUGCUCUCAGACCCGCCGCAAAAUGACGCCCCCACCGCCUACUUUGAGGUCACAAAGCCCAUCCCUUUACCCAAAACCAAACCUUGCUCCUAUCUCCUUUUGGAGCAUGAUUUUGGGUACACUUAUGGGCACCCACCGGUUCUUGCGAAUUACACCCCACCCUCGAAUUGCCCGUCCCAGAAAUUCUCCAAGAUUGUCCUUGAAUGGACUGCCACGUGUAAAGGCCGGCAAUUUGACCGGAUUUUUGGGGUUUGGCUUGGUGGGGUUGAGGUUUUGAGGAGCUGCUCUGCUGAGCCGAGGGCUAGUGGGAUUGUUUGGACAGUUAAGAAGGACAUUACGAGGUAUAAUUCUUUGCUGAUGAGUAAUCAGAUUCUUGCUGUUUAUCUAGGGAACCUAAUUGACAGUACUUAUACUGGUGUAUACCAUGCUAAAAUCAAGAUUCAUUUUUACCCUGAGGAAGGGUUGAGUUUGAGUAUGAAGAAAUCUGGGAAUUUGUUUGAUUCUGCGGCGGAUUUGAUAAUACCCAUUUCGAGAAAUUUGCCGUUGAAUGAUGGGUUGUGGUUUGAAGUUGAGAAUUCGACAGAUUUUGAGUCUAAGGAGUUCAAGAUUCCUGGGAAUGCUUAUAGGGCAGUGUUGGAGGUUUAUGUUUCUUUCCAUGAAAAUGAUGAGUUUUGGUAUGGGAAUCCUCCAAAUGAGUAUAUUUUUGCUAAUAAUCUCACUGGCCUUCCAGGGAAUGGGCCUUUUAGAGAGGUGGUUGUUAGUUUGGAUGACAAGGUAGUUGGUGCUGUUUGGCCUUUCACUGUGAUUUACACUGGAGGUGUGAAUCCCCUCUUGUGGAGACCUAUAACGGGGAUUGGCUCGUUCGAUCUCCCUUCCUAUGACAUCGAGGUUACUCCGUUCUUAGGAUCGUUACUAGACGGGAACACACAUAAGGUUGGUUUUAGCGUCACGAACGCUUUGAAUGUCUGGUACAUUGAUGCAAAUUUGCAUCUUUGGUUGGACUUUAAGAGCGACAAAACAGAGGGGAGCCUGGAAAAGUACAUUAGCCAGCCCCUUUCGUUUUCCCUGAUAUCGAAUUUCUCUGGCUUUGAUGGAUCGUUUCUGACAAAGGCGAAUCGACACAUAACGUAUACCGGAUGGGUGAAAUCGUCGUAUGGGAUGAUCACUACAGAGGCCACUCAAGGCUUUAAUUUUACUAACUUUAUGGUCAUGGGGAAUGAAGGGAAUUUGCAGAUAAUCAAUCAGACAAUCGAUUUCAACGACAAGGUUCUUGCCAAGAUGAAAUCUUCUGUUAGCUCGCUUAAAUCUGAUAAGAAGUUCAUCUUCACAAUGUAUUCUGAUAACGUGAUUCAUUCGAAUCACAGCUAUUCUUCCAUAGCUAAUCUAACACUAGGCUUUAAUGAGAAGAGGACUAAGACUUCUGAUUCAGGACAGUUCUUCAGCUCUCUUGUGAAUUUGCAAAAUGGACAGGGCUCUAUGCUUGUGAAGGGCAGCACGGUAGUGAGUGGUUUGGGGAAUACACAACAAGUGUACCAUUACAUUGACGAUUCGUUCUGUUACCUCAGGAAUAUCAGCAGUUCGAAUUAUACAAUCCUCUACGAUAAUGAGAGCUAUGAUUGCAAGAAAAGAACACGGUCUCAGUUGCACCUUCAACCUGUUCGAAGGGCUUCCUUAGCAUCCCACAUCGUUGAGAAAGGAGCGGUCUAAGUUUCUUCCUCCUUUUAAUUUCUUGCCAUAACAGUUUGGUUUCAGAGAAUUGUGGUGUGCUUUCUCAAUAAAGCUUAAUUAGACUGGCUUGAUAUUAAGAACUACUUGAAUUGAAUUUUAAGAUAUUCAAAUUUGGCCUGCUAGAUUUGUAA